AUGGCCUACUGGCAAGUGGCAACACCACAUCGUCUCGCCGGUGUCCUUACACCUCCGGAUGUGCACAUCGUAGCUCCGCGACGGCUCAUAUAUUACACGAUUCAACCAUCUGCUGGAAAUCCCGAAACUGGAGCGUUGGUAUCGCACGGAUCCAAAUCCAUCCAGGCAGAAGCUUAUCAAUUAUAUGAAUGUACUGAAUGGCUCCAGUUAUCGGCGGCACAACGUUAA